GUAUCAAAAGCGCGCAUAAUUGUUUCAACUCUCCUCUUCUCACAGCAUCUUUCUCCUAUGGUUAAUCAAUACAAUCUUAUAUAUAUUCGCACCAUUUCUUUUCUCUCUUAUUUUCUCACUUUUUACCUUCCAGCAAAUUCUGCCAAAACUGCAAGACUCAGGUUAGUUCCUGUCAUCUGAAGAAAUCAGUUCUAGUCCAUAGAGUAUAUUCUUGUAUUGUGUUCAUUGAGCUUUGGAUCUGAACCAUUUCAUCCGAUCAGAGUUAAUGUAAUAAUGUUUAUGUUGUGAUACAUGUGUAAGAAGAAUUAAUUACUAAUUAGGUAUUGUUUAUCGAUUUCACCGCUGUUCUGGUCAAUGAAUUUUGGUUUUUGCACAAACCUGAGGGAUUGAAAUGGAGAACGAAUUAUUAGUUCGUGCCUCUCUUACCCCAGCGUGCGAGUUACUUUCCCGGACCAUCUCUACUAUAUUUGACACCGUCAAAGCAGCUAAUGAGGUUGUCAUUCACAAGGAGAAUUUUAAGAGUUUUUCUGUUCACUUGGAGAAUAUCUCAUUUAUGUUGAAGUCUUUAACAAAGGAAGACAUACACAACCCUGGGAGCUUUGAAAAUGCUAUGAAUGGUUUCAACCGAGAGAUUCAAGUUGCUAAGCAGCUUUCUGUUGAGUGCAACAAUAGAAGUAAGAUUUAUCUUUUAAUCAAUUCCAGAAAGAUCAUCACAUGCUUGAAUUGUUGUACCAAGGAUAUAGGUCGUGCAGUAAGCCUCAUCCCUUUGGUCUCUUUAGACACGGGUUUAAAUCGAAAGAUAAGUGAGUUAUGUCAGAAAAUGUUAGAUGCUGAGUAUCAAACAGGUGCAGCUGGUGAGAAGAUUUUAGAAAAGAUUGAGACGGCAAUACAAGAGGGAAAUGUUGAAAGGUCGUAUGUGAAUCAGUUGCUAACCUGCAUUGCAGACGCCAUUGGGAUCCCCAUGGAGCAUGGUGCUUUGAAGAGAGAAUUUGAAGAGCUGAAAAAUGAAAUGGAAGCAGCCAAGUCAAGGGUAGAUAUGGCAGAAGCUUUACAUAUGGAGAAGAUUGUUACAAUGCUUGGAAAGGCUGAUUAUAUAACUUCAGCACAAGAGAAGGAAACUAAGUAUUUUGAAAAGAGAAAUUCUUUGGGAGAGAGACCAUUGGCGGCUCUGCAGUCUUUUUACUGUCCAAUCUCUCUUGAUAUUAUGGUUGAUCCUGUGGAGACUUCCUCUGGGAAGACAUUUGAGAGAAGUGCAAUAGAGAAAUGGUUUGCUGAAGGGAACACUCACUGUCCCUUGACCAGGUUGCCUCUGGAUACUAAAAUCCUAAGGCCAAAUAAAACUCUUAAACAGUCUAUUCAAGAAUGGAAGGACAGGAACACAAUAAUUACCAUUUCUACCAUCAAAUCCGAACUUGAAACAAAUGAAGAUGAGGGAGUGAUUCAGUCCCUAGAUAAACUUCAUGACAUAUGCUUAGAAAGAGACGAGCACCGAGAAUGGUUAAAAAUGGAGAAUUACAUCACUGAUCUUAUUGGACUUCUUAGUUCUAAAAAUCGUGAAAUAAGGAAGCGUGUUCUGCUCAUCCUGUCUAUGCUUGCAAUGGAUAAUGCAGAGAACAAGGAAGAUAUUGCUAAAGUGGAGAACGCACUUGGAUCUAUUGUUCGUUCACUUUCACGUCAAGUUGAGGAACGCAAGUUAGCCUUGGAGUUGCUGUUGGAGUUGUCUAAAAGUAAAACGGUGUGCAGUCUCAUAGGAAACAUUCAAGGAAGCAUACUUCUCCUGGUAUCGAUGUUAAAUAGUGAUGAUGUUGAAGCAUUCAAAAAUGCACACGAGCUGCUGGAGAACCUCUCUUUCCUUGAUCAAAAUGUUAUAGAGAUGGCAAAGGCAAAUUAUCUUAAGCCUUUACUGCUGAAACUAUCAACAGGACCAGAGAAUAUGAAAAUAGUCAUGACUGAAACUUUGUCCAAAAUUACAUUGACCGACCAGAAUAAAUUGUCCUUGGUCAAAGAUGGGGCACUGCAACCACUUCUUCAGCUGCUCUUAAAUAAUGAUUUGGAAAUCAAGAAAGUUGCUGUCAAAGCUUUACUACAGCUCUCAAGCUUGCCAGAGAAUGGCCUGCAGAUGCUCAAGGAAGAUGUUGCUCAACCACUGUUGGAACUUCUUUACUGUAGUUUACAGUUACCUACUCUGCUUGAACAAGUUGUUGCAACAAUAAUGCAUCUUGCCAUAUCAACAACUCACCAACAAGCUGAAGCAGAACAGGUUUCAUUGUUAGAUUCUGAGGAAGACAUAUUCAAAUUCUUCUCUCUAAUUUCUUUGACAGAAGUUGAGAUACAAAACAAGAUUCUCAAAGCUUUCCAGGCAUUGUGUCAAUCUUUCUAUGGCUUCCGCAUCAGAAAGAGAUUGAGACAGAUCUCAGCCGCUAAGGUAUUGGUCCUCUUGUUGGAGCUUAAUACCCAAACAGUGCAGGUCAGUGCCUUGAAGCUUUUCUAUUGCUUGACAGAAGAUGGUGACUAUGGCAACAUCUCAUCACAUAUUACUGAAAGAUUCAUUAAAGUCUUGCUUACCAUCAUUGAGGCUUCUAAUGAUGCAGAAGAGGUGGCUACUGCUAUAGGUAUCAUCUCUAAACUACCACAGGAGUCUGAAAUGACUUGGUGGCUUCUAGAUUCCGGGGCACUUAAAACCAUUUCGACUUGUCUUACCGAUCAAUACAAGCAUGCCUCACACAAAAACCAAGUUGUAGAGAAUUCUGUUCAAGCUCUUUUUCGUUUUACUGUCUCAACAAAUCUGGAGUGGCAGAAGAGAGUGGCUUCGGAAGGCCUAAUCCCAGUGCUGGUGCAAUUGCUGCAUUCUGGAACACCCUUUACCAAACAAAAUGCAGCCAUUUCAAUCAAACAGUUUUCAGAAAGUUCUUACUGCUUGAGCGAGCCAAUAAAGAAGCCUGGAAUUUUCAAAUGCUGCUUUGUAGCUCAAGAAAAUGGUUGCCCAGCACACUUAGGCACCUGUUCAGUUGAGUCUUCAUUCUGCAUUGUGCAGGCUAAUGCCUUGGAGCCCCUAGUGCGCAUGCUUGCAGAAAAAGAUGUUGAAACGCGCGAAGCCUCCUUAGAUGCACUACUAACUUUGGUUGAUAGCGAAGCACCACAGAGUGGAAGUAAGGUGCUUGCAAAUUCAAAUGCUAUUGCACCAAUGAUACAACUAUUGAGUGUUCAGGCUCCCAGGUUGCAGGAAAAAAUUCUAAUAGCUUUAGAACGAAUCUUUCAACUAGAUGAAGUGAGAAAUAAAUACAAAUCUUUGGCCACGAUGCCCUUUGUAGACAUAACUCAGGGGAAAGAUAGCCGUUUGAGAAGUCUCGCUGCCAAAGGCCUUGCUCAAUUGGGUGUACUUGAUAAACAGUCUUCUUAUUUUUAGUACUUGUAUCACAAUUUUUUCGUUACUUGUAUUAUAAUUGAAGGCACAAGAAUUGAAAACAGAAAUUUUACACAUGCAAAAUUCCUGUUUUAAGGUUUAUCUUUUCUCUUUCUCAACUCUAUCCCAGAUCCACACAGUUAUGUUUUGUGGAGUCAGCGUUGUCCUGAUAUGUCCAAGGCAUAGAAGAAUCGAACUUGAUGAUAAGAUUG